UCUAUAAUCAAAUUCAGUUUCUCGCAAUCUGACAGAAAACUGCAAAACAAAAGCCACCGCCCCCUUUUCGCCGGACCGCGUGGAAGUAAACAGAGCCACGCCCACCUCAUCGAGCACGUUGCCGAGAGCACUCUGCUGUACCCGCGCGGUCUUGAUUUUAGGAGUUUCUCAGUAUCUAACAAAGGGUGCUGUGCAAGAGGCAUGGAGGUUGUCGAUGAGAGUGGGUUUCAAGUUAUCUGUUUUCCUGGUAGAAAGGGGAAGGGACUUGUUGCCACAAAAGACUUUGCUGAAGGCAGUGUCGUGUUUGAAGAAGACCCUCUUGUGUGCAGCCAAUUUCCUUGGAAUGCAACCUGCAAGUACAGGGCUUGUGAUUAUUGCAUGAGGGCAUUAGAAACGGCUGAAGAGAAUGUAAGAAGGUUGCUAAAUAAUCCAGACAUCAUACUUCCCAAUCAUGAUUGCUGCACUACCGACCGGAGUACUCACACUCAGUGUGACCUUUGCGGGACUGAAUACUGUAGUCAGGAAUGUCUGCAAAGAGCAACAGCAGAAUACCACCAAGUUUUAUGCUUGCGGACCAAGGCCAGAGACGGCACCCACCCUAUUGAGAGGAUCAAUGAAAUCUGGAAGAACUUCUAUUUCCCUCCUGAAUCAGGGAGCAUAAUGAUCUUUGCAAAAAUAUUUGCUCUUAUUAACCAGGCUCCUGAAAAAUCUAAGAUUUUGCAUAAAUUUAGCCAGUUCUGCCAAUUUACCUCUAACGAAGAUGAAGAAAUUACCCACAAGCUGCUUGGUGACAAUUUUCGGAACCAGAUCGAUGUGAUUCGAGAGAUGUUUGUCUCCACUUUUGGCAUUCCGGAGUGUCAGCAUUGGAUGACCCCUGAAGGAUUUUUGUCUCUGAUAGCAAUGGUUGGAACAAAUGGGCAAGGUGUCGGUUCCAGUGCGUUAGCCGAGUGGGCUAAAAGAGCUGGAGAGCUCAACCUACCUCGUACUGAAAAAGAGCAGCUCGAAGAGUUUAUCGACAACUUGUACAACAACCUUGAUGAUGAGUCUGGUGGUUUUCUGAAUUGCGAGGGUUCCGCUCUUUAUGAGCUUCAGAGCAAAAUCAAUCACAGUUGCGAUCCAAAUUCAGAAGUCUGUUUCCUCCACGGCAACUCCAGGGUCACUCUACGGUCUUUGAAAGAAAUUCACCCUGGGGAUGAAAUAACCAUAAGUUAUCUGUCAGCGUGUGAUCUAGAGAGGAGCAGGCACAGUCGGCAGAAAGAGUUGAGAGCCAACUACUUGUUCCAGUGCCAAUGCCCAAAGUGCACGACACAAGCUGAAGACCCUGAUGUCACUAGUGAUGAGGAGUUUUCCAGUGGCGACGAAGAUAAUUAAGUUAAUGGAAAUAAAAUAAAUUCACUCUUAUGAUGUAUACAAAUUUUUCAAAA